GAACCCACCUCUGAGUUUGCGAAGACAGUUUGGAGCUGAAAAGCAACAACUGGAAGUAAUGAAGUGAGAUUCAAAAGAGGAGAAAAAACUAGAACAAGGAAGCCUCACUCCAGAAAGCAGCUUUCUAGACCGAUUUGGGUGGUAGUUUUCACAAAGAGCAAAUAGGACAGUUCUUUCCUGAGUCUGACUAGGAGUGGGGGAGGGGGGGUGGAGAGUUCACUGAUGGAACUUAACAGGGACGUGCGCUUUGGAAGAAUGCCUGGACAAGAGUGAUAAUAAUAAUAAUAAUAAUAAUAAUAAUAAUAAUAAUAAUAAUAAUAAUAAUAAUAAUAAUAAUAAUAAUAAUAAUAAUAAUAAUAAUAAUAAAGAGGGCUUUACAAACGCGGAUCUGUUUCGUGUGUAGCUGGGGCUUGGAUUAUUAUGAGGUACCAUGGCGUGGUGUGAUCGUGGAGUUCAGAUUCUGUUUACCACCGUGGGGGCCUUCGCCGCUUUCAGUCUGAUGACCAUCGCCAUUGGCACAGAUUACUGGCUCUACUCAAGGGCGCAUAUCUGUAAUGCGACCAACAUCACCACGGAUGAAACUCAACCCAAGAAAGCCAAAGGAGAUCUAACGCACUCUGGGCUGUGGAGGGUCUGCUGUAUAGAAGGUAUUAACAAAGGGAGCUGUUACCGAAUCAACCACUUUCCAGAUGACGAUGAUUAUGAUACCGACAGCUCCGAGUAUCUUCUGCGUAUAGUGCGAGCCUCCAGUAUCUUCCCCAUCCUCAGUACCAUCCUGUUGCUGCUGGGGGGUCUCUGCGUCGGGGCCGGGAGAAUCUACAGCAGUAAAAACAACAUCAUCCUCAGUGCCGGGAUUCUGUUUGUAGCAGCAGGCCUCAGUAAUAUCAUCGGAAUCAUCGUUUACAUCUCCAGCAACGCGGGGGACCCCAGCGACAAGAAGGACCAGGACAAGAAGAACCAGUACAACUACGGCUGGUCCUUCUACUUCGGGGCUCUGUCCUUCAUCGUGGCCAAAACCAUCGGGGUGCUGGCCGUGAACAUCUACAUCGAGAAGAACAAGGAGGUCCGCUUCCAGGCGCACCGCGAGUUCAUCAAGACCACCUGCUCCUCCUCCUCUCCCUACUCUCGCAUGCCGAGCUACCGGUACCGCCGGAGACGCUCGCGCUCCAGCUCCCGGUCCACAGAGCCCUCCCCCUCCAGAGAAGCCUCUCCCGCAGGGAUGAAGAUGCUCCGCUCGGUGCCCAUGACUGAGAUCUCCAUGUAUACCCUGCCCAGGGACCCCCUGAAGGCUUCUACAGCAGCCUUGUGCAACCCGGAGCAGGACUUCCUGCAGGUUCACAACUGCUUCCAGAAGGACCUCAUGGACGGGGGCAACAGACGGACCACACCAGUAUGAGCAGAUUGUAUUAUUUUGGAAGCAGAAGCCUGGUUUUCUAUGAGGUUCUGUAACAGAUGGACAGGGAGACUCGCUGGUUUGUGGUGUGGAUACUAUAGCGUAGAACCACCUGAUAGAAGCUUCUGUAUCCAACGAUCGUAUUAAAGAAUCUCGAUGAAUUAACACAAGGGAGGUUCACAAGGGACCUGUGUGCUGGCGUUCAAAUGUAAAAGUAUAGGAAAUCGUUGUCACUGCCAUUUUUAAUAGCACUUCAACAGUGAAAGAAAUCUCUAGAUAUAAAUAGCAAGAUUUUGUAGCAAUAUAUCUCAUAACUGGCAGCAACAGUGAUUUUCUUGUCCUUCUUCGCCCCCCCACCCCCUCCCCUUUCUAUUGAAUCACUAGUGUUUGUUUUAGGAUGUUUUUUUCAGACUCUACACUGUCUGAAGGUAUACAAGUUGCACAGUAUAAACUGGUGCAGAUGGAGAUCUAGCUGUAACAUACUGUACUAUCCUUUCCCCCUCACUGAUCAAUGCAUCACAUCCGCACCGGGCUUGUUUGUCCUGUGUGGUACCAGUGCAACGCCAAAUUGACAUGCUGCAUUUCAGCAUGCUGUCAUCCUCAUGCAUUUAACAUGUCUCAUGACGUGAGAGCUACCUGUAGCAGGCAGAUGCUGUGCAAUUAUUUUUUAGAACCGCUGCCUAAAAUUAAGCUUUCUAUUUUAUCUUCUGUGAUACAAACCGCUCAUAAAUUCACCUUGAGGAUCAGCCGUCUAAGACAAGUUUAGCAUGUUUGGUUAAUUUCAAUUGUGUGCAUGCUGAAUUCAGCGUCUUUCCCGAGUUACGAUGCUAGGCAAAUAUCAGAGCAGGACAACAAAGAGCACAGAACUCCCGAGUGUGAAGGAGCACAUUUAGAGGGGGCUGGAUGUGUUUGAUCAGAGGCUAAUAGGCUGUGAAGCAGAAUGAAAGAUAUGCAAUAAUUAACAGGACUGUCUGCAGUCAUCUUAAGAACUAGCACACAUCAUCAUCAUCAUCAUCAUCAUCAUCAAGGUUGUCAUGGACUGCUACACAAUCACUGGCCCGAGAGCUGGCUUGCUUUUCUUUUUUUAAUUACAAAACAUCUUGGGAGUGAGUAACCAAUCUCUUAUGAGGCAUAAAGAAGAUAUUGAAUUGCAAAUACUGGAAUCGUUCACGGAACUGAAACAGAUUGCAGGGCAGGUGGUUUUAAUUGACUGUACUUAUGAGCUUCAUAAUUACAAUAAGAAGAUGAUGACAAAGCUCAAUCAAAAACAGAGAGGGAUGUAUUUGAAAGGAGAAAUUGAAAUAGAAAUCCCAACUUUUAUUAUUAUAUUUUAUCAAUUCUAUUUUACUGUAGGUUUAACUUUAAAAAGAAAUACUAACCGAUGUAUAUGAAGAGUUAUUAUAGAAGCAAUGUGCCAUACAGGACGUGUACAGAGGAUGCUUGUACAAUUACAAGUAACACAUCUGAUCUCUUCAAUCCUACAGCUGUCUUAGAAAAAUAACAUUUAACAUCUUCAAGUUCAAAGUUAACAUCUUCUAUUUCUUCUUUUUAUUUUGUAAUUGUCAUUGUAAUUUAUUGCACACUGUGAUGUAUUCGUCAGCUGGUAUAGAAGACUAUCACACACCUUCAUAUAAAUGAAAUCGGGGGGUGUUCUUUCUGUUGCUGUGUUGUGCCUUUCUGAAUUCUGUAUUUCUUAUUAGAUUGUACCUGUAUCAUUUUACAGUGUGAUUUAUUCAUGUUUAUUGUUUCCAAGUGUUAAGUAAAAAUCCAAUUCCCUCUGUC